AUGAGGAUUACCAAAGGUUCUUCGUUUGCAACAUGGACGAAGCGGUUGCAAGGCAAGAGCUCUAGUAGCAGUAAUUCACAGAAACGAGAGAGCAAGAGCAAGAAAUCGGCUGGUCGACGGGCCUUGUCACCACUACGACGUACCAGGUCACCGCCACCACCUCAAUCACCCGGAAAGUCAUCCGGUAGUCGAGACAGAUAUAUUUUGCUUUCGUCGAAGAAGGAAAAUGUAGACGAACGCGCUAAUAAGCCAAUCGAGCAACAGACUGCGGUCGUGCAGGAGGAACAACGUGUCGACCAGACUGUGGUCGUGGAGGAACAACCUUUCUUCGAUACUGCAUGUACGGAAAAUCGCCUAGACGAGUCGGAGCAACGUGUUGAGGAGUCGACAGAAGUAAUCAUUGCUAAAGCCGACGACGGAGUUCGUGAUGCUGCCGAUGAUCAUUCCGAUGUGUUUGUGGAUGUGGAAUCACGCUCGGACGAUGGAGACGCAGUCGAAUAUUCACGAAUGUCUUUUGACUCAGACGGUUCCAAAAAAGCAGAAGAGAUGGAGAUGUCUUUGGGUGAAGAUAUUACGCGUAACGAAUACGAUAUACCUGAAUCUAAGGAGGUCAGGUUGGGUGACAAUGGCAGUCUUGGUCCCGUGCCACUGGAGGACUCCAAGAUUGGUUCCAUAUUGUCAUUCAAAGACUCCAUGCUGGAAAAGAUAGAUAAUCUUGCCGAGCAGCCCGAGGACAAUGAGCGGCCAAUCCCUGCGGGUGCACUGUACUGGACUCAGCUUUCCCCUGAACAGCAAGCAGCAGCUGGUUUUUUGGGCUUUGAUGAACAAUCGUGGGACAACGCGAAGUGGAAGAGAGAGAUGAGAGAGGCAGAGAAGGAGAAAAAGAAAAUGUCUGAGUUGGCUAAUGAGGACAAUGAGGACAAAAAUCAAGCUGAAACGGAGGUGCUAGUGCGUCGUCUUGGUGACGAAGAUGUCAUGCAACAGUCCGAUGUCAUUCAACAGUCCGAUGUCAUUCAACAGGCAGGUGGCGAUGCGCCAGCGAACGCCCAAGAGCAAGACGGUGCCAAUGUAAUGCCACAUGUGAUUCUUCAAGAUACCGAUCAACGUCGUCAGAAAGAACCCGAGGCGAUUGUGGGCAUUGAGGAUCUCACAGCUCUGUCUGUGGCUGCAGCUGCAGCUUCGUUGCUACCAACAUGGCGCAAACAAGGCUCGACUUUGCCCCCCGACGAGGAUGCAAGCACCACCCGUAACAAAAGCUCCUCGGCUGAAUCCCGGGGAGAUACACCUGAAGGAACCGAGAAUGAUGACAAAGCCAUUGGAGAUGAUGGUGUCCACAGUGAGGUUCUCAAUGGCCCCGACAUUGCCAACCACGAAGAGCCCACCUCCGCCACACCGACCCAGGGCAGUACCGACCAAUUCCAAAAGCAGGAUCCAGCUGGUAGAUACCCUGGCGAUGCCGUUGAUAACAUCGAUGGUGCUGUUGCUCAUAACGCUCCAGAAGAGGCUGUUGCCCCGCAAGAAGACAGCGUGGAGUUUCCUGCCGAUGGCAUACUGCCAAUCACAGGAUCCACAAACGACGACGGCAUCGAAGAAACGGUACUCGAACAAGCGUCUGGUAAUGUCACAGAUAAACACGACAUGAAACGAGACGGCGAGUCAAGUGUUGCAGAGUCACCCGUGCCCAGCAAUGAUUCAGAAGAAUCGCUGAAGGUUGACGAGAAGAAACAAUCUCUCGCACCUGUCAUUCGGUUUCCCAAGCCCAAAAUGAAGAACUGGGGUAGGUUGAAACGACCAAAGACAACAGAAAAGAGUACGGGCGCUCCAUUGGCCUCGGUUCCUUUGGCAGAGUCGCUGGCGAUGAACAGCGAAGAGAUCCAAAAGAUGAGAAUGAAAAACAGAAUGAGGGAAGAGAAAAGAGCCUUGCGUCGUGUGAAACUCAAGUCAAGGAAUAAGAACAAAUUCGUUGGAGUUGGUGAGAUCAUAUCGUUUACCAGCAGUCCUAUUGAUCCGCCAGUGCAGACUGCAAGCUCCAAAUCCGAGCCCAACAUCUUGAGGAAGACGUCGCAAGUACGAGAGGCCAUCUUCCAAGGAGCGGCAGCUCAACUGAAGUCAAAUCAUCUCGAACCACCAAACGACUUUGAAUUAUCGAAAAUGAUUCUUUGGUCUGAUGACACGCAGGAUGACUUCGGCGUCGAAAUCAUUCCAUCAAAAUCUGAGGGGCUUGUCCCCGAUCCUCAACGUGCAGCGUCCCCGACAGGAGCCGCUUCACGUGCAUCUGCCGCUUCACGUGCAUCUGCCGCUUCACGUGCAUCUGCCGCUUCACGCGCAUCAGCCGCAUCACGCGCAUCAGCCGCAUCACUCGCAUCUGCCGUUUCACGCGCAUCUGCCGCAUCUAUACAUGUCUCGGAGGAGCAACGAAGCAAAGAUUUUGAAGUGUUGAGUCAUGAUUCUGACAGCGAUGAAGAUGAGGACGAAGUGGAGGACUUCGGCGACGAAGAGGAGGAGGAUGAGGUGGCAGUGGAAGACGAGGAAGAUUAUGAAGCGUCGUUCGUUGAAAUCACCAGGGCUAAUGUUGCAAGUGAUGAAGAAAACACGGCAAAAUCAGCAAGGUCAAAAUCAACAAGGUCAAAAUCAACAAGGUCAAAAUCAACAAGGUCGAAGGAGGGGAAGUCCAAUAGACGCAAGGACCAGCAAGAGUGGAAAGGUAAGAGCAAGGACAGAAGGCGCGAAAAGCGGCGUGAGAAAUCCAAGAGAAAACACAGUAAGAGGCACUUGGCGGCGUCAUCGUCGGACAUCUCGGAUAUCAUGGAACAGUUUACGUGUCCUGCUGAAGUGGUAGGGGAAGGCAAUCCGGUCUUGUGCAGCACGAUCGCGGAAGGCGACGAAGAGGACGGGGGAUGUCGAGACGUUACGUACGACCUGCGAGACAUGGCCAUUGAGUUGAUUACGAAAGGCCCCAAGGUCAUCAUAAAGUGGCUCGAGUGA